AUGUCAAAUCACUACGUACCUCCAGAAGACGGAAGUGCAACUCAACACAACAACACAGAAUCGUUGGCGAUAAAUAACACAUCUCUUCGGCGUCUACUGACGCGUGUUGCCCUCAAAACAACCGCGUGGUUUUACAAAUAUAACGGUCCUUGUGUCCCCAUUUCCAAACACCUUAUAGUCAAGACAGGGCGAUCUGUUCAUCUCACCGAGGCAGCAACCAUGGGAUUUGUGGCUGCCAACACUUCGGUUCCUGUCCCGACUGUCCACUGCUCUUUUGUGCACAAGAAUCAUGCAUUUAUCGUCAUGGAACGCGUACAAGGACAGACUCUUCCAAAAGCGUUAGCAAAAUCGUCUGAAGCAGAGAUCGACAGCAUUCUCAUGCAGCUGCAACAGAUGCUUCAAGAACUGAGGGCUCUUCCUCCACCUCCUGGCACAGGGGUACAGAGUUGCCUGGGAGGUUCUCUGCGAGAUUCGCGUAUACCAAGGUCACGACCUAGGUUUGGGCCGUUCAAAUCUAUUCAAGACUUCCACAUAUGGUUGCGUGAUGGUUUUCGACCAGAAGAACAUCCAGACCGCGAGGAUGACGACUGGAAGGAUAUCAAAGACAUGGUCAGCAAACAGGACGGUCCAUGGCCGCCGCCGGUGUUUACUCACGGGGAUCUGAACCCUUCCAACAUUAUGGUUCGUGAUGGGCGUGUCGUUUCCAUAAUUGACUGGGAAUUUGCGGGCUGGUACCCUUAUUAUUGGGAGUACACUGCGGCAUGGUAUGGUAACGAGACUCGGAAAUCGUGGCAGGGAGUUCUUGCUAGGUUUCUUGAUCCUUAUCCGGAGGAAUUAGAGAUGGACAAGAUACGGCAACGUUAUUGGGGAGAUUUGUGA